GGCGGGUCCCUGCGGGCGGCAUGAAGACGCCGGGGCGGCGGCGGGCGCUGGUACGUUGUACCGCCUUGACCCUCUCUCUCCUUCUCCCAAGGAGGGGCUGCGGGACGACGCCCUCACCCCCAGCCGCCGCCCUCGGAGGGAGUCAAGCUAAUUUGCACUUGAAGGUUACUUGGGGAAUCAAGCUGGAAGUCUUCUGAAAAGCUGACCAUUUGCUUCCUGGCUGCUGGGAAAAGAUUUUGCUUUCAGGUUAUUUGAGAUGGUGAUUUGAAGAAUCAGAUUUCCGAUAUGAACAAAGUAAAAACAUCAUCUGAAAAAAGGAUGUUCUUUGCUCUAUUGAGUUGUUUCUAGCUUUGAAACUACAUUGAGUUCGUUGUGAGACCAAUGAUACACCACAAUGGAAAUUAUAUAUACACAUGUACACACGCUAACUGAAAAGCAGCAGUUCUCUGACACAUCGGCUUGUAUUGUUUCUGCAAAUUCUCGGACUACGUCUCUGCUGUCACAGCUGGAAAAGAUCAAUUUAGACUCUGUAUUAGGAGAAGCAGACAAUGCCAGAUACAUUACCUCAAAGAUCCUUCAUCUGGUUCAGAGUCAAGAAAAAACUAGGAAGGAGAUGACCUCUAAGGGUUCCACUGGAAUAGAAGUUAUCCUGUCAACCUUAGAGAAUACAAAAGAUCCUCAAACUAUUCUAAAUAUAUUGAGUAUUCUCAUUGAGAUAGUCUCAGUUGGUGGUGGUCGCAGGGCAAGUGUCUUAGUCACAAAAGGAGGGACACAGAUCUUACUGCAGCUGCUUUUGACUGCCAGCAAAGACUGUCCACCAAAUGAAGAAUUAAUGGUGCUUCUUCAUACUCUACUUGCAAAAAUUGGUCCAAAAGACAAAAAAAUUGGCAUGAAAGCAAGAAUUAAUGGCGUCUUAAACAUAUCAUUGAAUUUAGUGAAGCAGAAUUUGCAAAAUCACAAGCUGAUAUUGCCGUGUCUUCAAGUAUUAAGAGUUUACUCAACUAACUCUGUAAAUGCAGUGUCCUUGGGAAAGAACGGAGUAGUAGAACUGUUGUUCAAGAUCAUUGGCCCUUUUACUAAAAGGAACACAAGCCUUAUGAAGGUUGCUUUAGACACACUUGCUGCAUUGCUAAAAUCAAAAACAAAUGCCAGGAGGGCAGUAGACAGAGGAUAUGUGCAGGUGCUUUUAACGAUUUAUGUUGAUUGGCACAGUCAUGACAGUCGACACAGAUACAUGCUGAUACGUAAAGGAGUUUUACAGUGCAUUAAAAGUGUUACAAACAUCAAAUUGGGAAGAAAAGCAUUCAUUGAUGCCAAUGGAAUGAAAAUUCUUUACACCACUUCACAAGAGUGCCUUGCAGUAAGAACUCUUGAUCCCCUUGUCAACACAUCCAGCCUAAUAAUGAGAAAAUGUUUUCCUAAAAAUCGUCUUCCUUUACCAACUAUUAAAAGUGCUUUCCAUUUCCAACUCCCAGUUAUUCCUGCCAGUGGUCCUGUGGCUCAGCUGUACAAUUUGCCUCCUGAUGUGGAUGAUGUAGUAGAUGAAAGUGAUGAUAAUGAUGAUGCUGAAACAGAAUCAGAAAUUGAAACUGAAAAUGAUGAUGACAAGGACCAACAUUUUAAGAAUGAUGAUAUUGAAACUGAUAUUAAUAAACUGAAACCUAGACAGGAAUUGGGAAGACCCAUAGAAGAACUGAAAAUGUACGAGCACUUUUUCCCAGAACUUACAGAGAAGUUUCAGAAAUAUGACUUAAUUUCCAAGGAACCAAAGUCUUUUGUACCUGAUGCAAAUCUAGGUGGACCUAUUGUUGUUCCUACAGCAGAAGAGGAGCACUCUGCUGACGCAAACCGGUCAACCAAAGGAAUUCCUUUGAAGGAGAGCAAUCCUUUAUUGACAGAGGAAUACAAUAGAAGGCCAACCUAUCUGAGACUACCAAAGAAAGAUAGUAUCGAAGACAGUAGUUUACAACAGCAAAAUGAUCAAAGAAACCUGCUUCCAUCCUGCCAGUGUCUAAGCCAAGAAAUUGUGAAAGGCUUGGACAGAAUCAGUCUGCAGAACAAUGGAAAAAAUGAUCAGUAUUAUGGUACGGGGUGUGCAAUAAAGAAAGAAAGCAGAACUAGCCUUACUCCACUUCCUUGUAAUAAACCUUGUGAACAUGCUUCACCUUGUGGAAGCAGCCUCUUUGAAGGAUCCUCUGUACAGCUGGGAAAACUCUGCUGCACUGGAGUGGAUUCAGAGGAGGAGGAUUCCAGAUCUAGUUCAUCAGGGGAACAAGUGAUGCUUGAGGUUUCUGAUGUGUCACCAGUUCAUGACUGUGAUCUUUAUAUUGAAAUGGUAAAAACCACAAAAUCAAUUCCUGAAUAUUCAGAAGUGGCCUAUCCUGAUUAUUUUGGCCAUAUUCCUCCCCCAUUUAAGGAGCCUGUUUUAGAAAGGCCAUACGGGGUGCAGAGGACAAAAAUCUCUCAAGAUAUUGAGAGACUGAUUCAUCAGAAUGACAUUAUAGACCGAGUUGUGUAUGACCUUGAUAAUACGAGUUUUUCGGUACCAGAGGAGGCAGAUGUUUUGAAGUUUAAUUCCAAAUUUGAAUCUGGAAACUUGCGCAAAGUUAUUCAGAUCAGAAAAAACGAGUAUGAUCUAAUUCUGAACUCGGAUAUAAAUAGCAAUCAUUAUCAUCAAUGGUUUUACUUUGAAGUCAGUGGAAUGAAAACUGGUGUUGGUUACCGGUUUAACAUCAUCAACUGUGAAAAGUCAAAUAGUCAGUUUAACUACGGUAUGCAGCCUCUCAUGUAUUCUGUUCAAGAAGCAUUAAAUUCUCGACCGUAUUGGACUCGUGUUGGGACAGAUAUUUGUUACUAUAAGAAUCACUUUUCAAGAAGUUCAAUUGCUGCUGGAGGUCAGAAAGGAAAAUCUUAUUACACAAUUACUUUCACAGUGACUUUCCAACACAAAGAUGAUGUCUGUUACUUUGCUUACCAUUAUCCAUAUACAUACUCAACUUUAAAGAUGCAUCUUCAGAAGCUGGAAUCUAUGCACAACCCUCAACAGAUAUAUUUUAGACAAGACAUUCUCUGUGAGACACUGGCUGGCAACAGUUGUCCUUUAGUCACUAUUACAGCCAUGCCAGAAUCCAGCUACUAUGAACAUAUCUCUCAAUUCAGGAAUCGUCCUUACAUUUUCCUAUCUGCUCGUGUACAUCCUGGGGAGACUAAUGCAAGCUGGGUCAUGAAGGGAACGCUGGAAUACCUUAUGAGCAAUAAUCCAAGUGCCCAAUGUUUACGAGAAUCGUAUAUUUUCAAAAUUAUUCCAAUGCUCAAUCCAGAUGGUGUCAUCAAUGGAAACCACCGUUGCUCUUUAAGUGGAGAAGAUUUAAACAGACAGUGGCAAAAUCCAAAUCCAGAUCUACAUCCCACUAUUUACCAUGCUAAAGGGUUACUGCAAUAUCUGGCUGCUAUAAAACGUUUACCUUUGGUCUACUGUGAUUAUCAUGGUCACUCUCGUAAAAAGAACGUGUUUAUGUAUGGCUGCAGCAUUAAAGAGACAAUGUGGCACACAAAUGUUAAUGCUGCCUCUUGUGACCUGGUGGAAGACCCUGGUUACAGGGUACUCCCUAAAAUUCUGAGUCAAACUGCCCCAGCAUUCUGCAUGGGCAGCUGCAGCUUUGUAGUGGAAAAGUCCAAGGAAUCAACAGCUCGAGUUGUCGUCUGGAGAGAAAUAGGAGUACAGAGGAGCUAUACUAUGGAGAGCACUUUAUGUGGAUGUGACCAGGGCAAAUAUAAGGGAUUGCAGAUAGGGACCAGAGAACUGGAGGAAAUGGGAGCAAAGUUCUGUGUUGGCUUACUGCGUUUAAAAAGAAUGGCCUCACCUUUGGAAUACAGUCUUCCUUCUGGUCUGCUGGAUAUUGAAAAUGAUCUGAUCGAGUCAAGCUGUAAAGUGACAAGCCCCACUACAUACGUUUUGGAUGAAGAUGAGCCUCGCUUCCUUGAAGAAAUUGAUUACAGUGCAGAGAGUAAUGAUGAUCAAGAUACUGAAUUAGCUGAUAAUAUGGGUGAUUAUGAGGCAUCUAAUCAAGAAGAUGGACUUUCAGACUCAGAUUCAACAAGGAUACUCCUUUCUUGAACCAUCUUUGCAGCCAGUAACAGGAAAUUCAGUAUUCUAGAAUUUCAUAGUCAAAUAACUUUAUUACUUUUGUCUACCAAGGGGAUACACUUAAGGAAACACAGAUAACUGAGGCCUGCCUAGCUCAAGGACAAUAAAUAUUUCUGAUAAGAUGGCAUUUGUUCUAUUGAAGGAGUUCUGUGUUUUCUUUUAGCACUAAAUAGAUAAAUUUAUUUACUGGUUCAUUUUCUACUAAGUAGCACUGCAUGGCAUUUUGUGUCCUUCAGCCCUGUCUUCAGAAAAAUGGAUUAUCAUUUGUGGUGUGUCAGAGUACAGAAACUAAUUCUUUGUGGUACAAUUCUUUGAGUUGCUUCCUGAAAAAUACGUAUGUACAGAUUUUCUAAAUUUAUUUAUGUGUGUAUAUGCGCGUGUGUAUACUGAGGUGAAGAGGUUAUUUUUCAACUUUAUUUCAAAGAUACUUGACUGUGUUUGAAGUAAUGUAGUGCCUGCUCUGGAAUCAUUCAAUAAUUACACAAUUAAAAAUUAAGAAGUGAAUUGCUGCACUUGCUUCUGAGGAUUAUAUGGUUUUGCCACACUAGUAGGUGAAAAUAGGUUAUGUCUGUUCACAGUUCAAGAAUUUUGCAGUGACCAAUGCAGCCUGUUUUUUCAAGAGCUAUACACUUGUAUAAAACUCUUUCCCAUUGAACAGGCAGUUUAAUAUGAGGAGGGCUUUUUUUAAGUGUACCUGACUACAAGAAGUGGUCAGAUCUGUGCACUGUAUGUAUGUUCAGCUACCCAGUUGCUCAAUUUUUCUUGUUCAAUACGCAUGUAGUUAAAAAGAGGUCAUUUUACUGGGGGUGCAUUAACUAUAUACCCAAUUCAAAUGCUUUAAGAAGUAAAGUGGGUUUUGGUUUAAACAUCUUUCACCUGGUCUCAGUCCCAUGUUAACCUCGCUCUGAGGAGGAGUUUGGACCGUAACUUCCAGCCUGAAUAAUUACUCUGUAAACGUGUAUUCUUACAAGCUGUCAGACAUGAGACUUAUAUUUAUUCAUCUUCUCCUGUCAUUUACUAAUUUUUACUGCCUCUUGCCUCUGUUCAAAGUAAGAUCUGAUAGAGAAAUUAAGUUGUACCCCGUUGUUUACGAACCUUAAAUAUUUGCAUAUAUUUUGCAAAAUUAUUUUUGUGACCCAAUUGUGGCAUUCAUUUUCUGAUGCAUGUGCAAGGGCUUCAAGAGCGUGAAAAGUAACACUUCUAAGUUGCAGCAGUUUUUUAAACCAGUGCGAACUUUGUUUACUGUUGCAAAUAAAACUGUGUUUUGGAGGGGAAGGGUGCUUUUGGUAGAAGAGUUGGAAAAGAAAUUGAAGACCAUUAACUGUAUCAAUGGUUCUGUGUUGGGAGAUGGCUUUUCACCAGUAUUUGCUUUUUAAAAGCAUCAUUGUCUGGUGAUGGUCAUCCCAUGCCAUCCCGAUUCUGAAACUGGAGAAGAGUUUUUGAUCCCUUGGGUUAUGCUACUGUAUUUUGUUGAAAGGCUUGAAUUUAUAUUAAAAGUAACACAUUUUAUCAGAGGUAGGGGUAUAGAGGAAACAUUUUCAUUCCUGUUCCUUUAUAAAUUUCUCUCUAGUGAAAAUGACCAUUCUCUAUGUUCUGUGAACUACAUACUGUAAAUAAGAAAAUUUAAUACCCUGUUGAAGGGGAGCGGUCUUCAUUGAAUCUGUAGAAGAAUUUUGGAAUCUGCUGAACAGAAGGAUUAACCUUGUCAGAAAAUUUGAAUUGCCUUUAAGUCAGCCCACUGAGAGCAGUGCAGAGUGCUCAUACUGCUGUGUCACUUUUAUUCUAGAUAUCUGCAUAAAUAGCUCUUCAUCCUUAAGGACUUAUACUUAAGUCUCUUACUUAAAUAAUUUUGAGUUAAAUUUCAGGAAUUGCAGGAUGGUGCAGAAUUAACAAAAUUAACUUUUCAUCUUGAGCAAAUAUGCAUAGGUGUUGUUCUCAUGUCUUCCACAGCUUUUAGUCUGUGAAGGAGGAGUUAUUAAUGACUUGGAUAAGGGCUUAGGGUAACAGAGACUUCCCUAAAACAAUAAUAUUGAGUUUAUACAUUAGAUUCUAAUGCACUUCUGCAUUAGAUUAGAUGUAUGUGUUUGAUUAAAUGAGAUGUCAAUCUGGCAGUUGUGGUCUGAACUUCUCUAGUACCAGUGCAGUUCUGAUGAAGAGUGAAAGUUCGUCCUUAUCUUACAUAUUGUUGAAAAUGCAAAGCCCCUUAUUUCUUGCAGCACUUGUUAAUGUACCCUCUGAAAGGCAAUGUUCCCAUUUGCACUCACAAGGAUGCCAGUUUGUGGGAAGAACUGCUGCAGUGGUAGCCGAUUCAUACUGUUUAAUCCCUUCUCUACUACAUGUUGCCAUUGUUACAGACACAUACUGGUACUGCCUGUUAUCUGUUUCAGUGGAAAGUCUGGUAUUUAGCUGAAAAUGGGGUAGCUUAGGCUUGUGCACACGCUUCAUUCUGUUACUAGGACGUUCACUCCAAAUAAAUAGGGAGAAUGGAUAGCAAAGAAUGACAUCUUCUUGAAUUGUCACAAAUCAGUCAUCUAGCGUGAUCCCAGACAAUUGACUGUUUUUAUUUUAUGCAUUGGCAUUCCAAUGUGUUUCUGGUUUUAAAUGAUGCUCUUUACUGUAAGCAUGACUGAUCCUGUAUGGUCAGAGAAGAUAUUCUUUUAUCUUUUUCCAGUAAUAGCCACAAAUAAGGUUAUAAAAAUUAAUUACGUCUAUGCCAUUUACUGUCUUGCUUCUAAAUAAUUGCCAGAUGAUUAAUUACUUUAUUCUUUUUCCAGUUAUAAUUCAAGUUGCAACACUAAUUUUGGUAUUGUCUUCACUGGUGACGUCCCCUGGUGUAAUGUAGCUUACAGCUUAAUCCUGGAACAAAGUUUGUGCCAAAAUCUUGCCUGGCGGUUUUUUGGAGGUGAAUUGCUUUCAGCCUGACUUAUCAGGGAGAACUGGUCAAAUUUGAAUGUCAAAUAAGACUGCAGUGGCAGUAACCACUGUUUACACAAUGCAAAAAUCCAAGGUUUCAGAUAGUUUCUGUUGUAAUGCUGUGAUAGAUAUAAUUGUUGCAGUGUUAAUGCAUGCCCCAAUUAACAAUACUUAUUAAUCAAAAUACGUAAUAAAGAAUUAAUUACAAUCACUUUGCUUUCCUAUUAUUGAUUAGAAAUGUUUAAAAGAUUUAUUGUAGCACUUGCAGCAAUGUGCCUACCUGUAAGAACUGGAGUGUGCUUAGCAUUUCAAAAAAGGAGGAUGUUUUUGUUCUCUCUUUGUCAAGUUAAGGUCACUGUUCUGCAGGUUUAGAGUACCAUUUGUAUAUUAGUAGAUUGAAAUAUAACUCUUUAAAAAGCUUAAUAUUUAUCAAUUUAUGUAAAACUUAUAAAGACUUUGGAUGAACCAAAAUGAAGGCCAUGGUAGAGCACAGAGUGUCUUUCAUACAGCUAAAAGACUUCUAGUCUGAUCUAGGAAAGGUAUAAGUUAAUUCUUCAAUAAGUCAUCCCCUUAAAUUCAACCCGGACUGCAGUUGAGGACUAACUUAGUAUUUAUAUUCUUGCAGUAGCAGUUUUAACAUUUGAGACAAUGUUUUAGGGAAAGCUUAAGAUAUGAGCAGGUGUUUUAGUUGCAUGGAGCUGUCUGAAAAGAGCAAGUGGUUACUAGGAAUUGUCAGUGUCACUUUUGCGGAUACAUAUAUGAUUUCCUUAACUGUGUUUGUCACAUUAAAGUUAAAAGCUUCCUUCACAAGCUCAAUUAUCCAGACUGUUGCAGGUUAUAGAUAAAUCACUGUGACUUUUAAAUUAGGAUAUCUUUCUUAAUGUUUCUAAGGUGAUCAGGAUGUAAAACAUUUGAGUUGUUACCUUGCAUCAUCUUUGCUUAAAUAAAUUAACUGUAAUUUGCUCUGAAAGAGGGGCUUCAGAAUAUAAAAUGCUAAAUAGCUUUGAUACCUUGUAAAGAAUAUAUUGUCUUAAAUUAUGUAUGACCUGACUAUUUUUAGUAGUAUCAUGCAGAGAAUUUGUUUAGUCUCUGUAAAGUACUCCACAACUAUUAAACACACCCCCUUAAUUCUUCUGUUAGAAAAAGUUAGGUGCCAUCUUUUUUUUAAACAUGAUAUUGUUAGUGCAGUUUCUGAAGCAGUUGAAGAACCAUUGCUGAAAAUCACGGGUUUAGCAACAAAAGAAAUGGCACGCUAUAGGAUUUGUUGAUCCAAAAUAUGUGGUUACUAAAUGCCAACCAGCUGCUGCUUUUUGCUGCCUAUGCGGCAUUCUUACCACGAGAUAUUUAUGCUUAGUGUGUGCCUUUCUUUCUUGGAAUGGGGUUAUUUAGUAUGCAUCAUUUUUCAUGGUAGAUUGGAGAACACAUGCUUAAACUAGCAGCACUACAUAGCAUUACUGGAAUUUUUCACUGGGCUGAAUGAUAAAUAAUAAAAGAAC